AUGGCAAUUGAAUCACUAGCAGAUGGUGGCGUCCUUGGCGGCAUUGAUCGUGCAACUUCGCUAAAACUGGCUGCUCAGACUGUCAUGGGGGCAGCAAAAAUGGUUCUGGAGAGCAGCGAACAUCCAGCUGCGUUGAAGGAUAACGUGUGCUCAGCCGGUGGCUCCACAAUCUAUGGUAUCAAAGAGCUCGAAAAGAAUGGUGAGAAUGUUGCUUUCAUGAAUCCAGUGGAAUUUGCUUAUUCGUUGCCUCAGCCAUUACUGUAA